AUGGCAAGAACGACGGAUGGGAUCGACUCGAUACAUAUUCGAUCAAUGGACCCGAUCGACUUAAUUGUCGCGAGCAAAUCAGACGCACGCGGUCUGAGAAGCGCGCCACCACCGGCCCCCGACGGAGAAGGACUUAGCGUUUCUCGCGAGCCGCAGACCCGAGUCAGUUUCGGUUCCUCCUCCGUCAAGGACUCGAACGCGGAAGAGGAGAGAGCUUUUUCCCCCGUCGUACGUCGUCGUCGUCGUCGUCGUCGUCGUCGUCGUCGUCGUCGUCCUCCGAAGAGGAAGAACAGUGUCUUGGCCGAUACCGUGCACGAAGGUCGCGAGGACCCGAGGUGCAACGAUUUACGUAUUGCCGCGCGUUACCGACCAUCGUCGACCGCAUCGCUCCGUCAACUCACGAUCUCUCUCGAACUUCGAGCGGGAGACGCGUUGCAGCGAGAGAUUCCCGCGCAGGAGAGGAAGACUGGACAAAGCGGAAGAAGCAGAAUAAGACGAGCAAAGCAGAAGCGGAGAAGCAGAAGAGCGCAAGAAGACCGAGAGCCGAACGAGUAGAAGCGGGGUUGCGAAGAGAAAGUGAUUAGCGAAUCGAUCGCGCGCAUCCGAAGAUAGCGAUAAAGGAGAUAGAAGAACGGAAAGAACGGGAGUAGAGUACGGAAGCGCAGAGAGACAAAGAUCGAAGGAGAGA